CACGAGCCGCGAGGCGGGAGGCGGCGGCCGCGGCUGGUGCUGCAGUGGGGCAGGUGGCGGAGAGCGGCGGCGUCCGAGGCGAUUUAAUCCAGUGACUCACCUCAGUGUAGAAACACCCAUGGUUGUAUGGAUGAUUGGGGAAAGAUCGUGGCAAUAAACACAGAAAAAACAGCCGUCAUCCACUAGGAAAAUGAGUAUGUUAAAACCAAGUGGGCUUAAAGCCCCUUCCAAGAUCCUUAAGCCUAGAAGUGCAGCCUUGAAGACAUCUGCUGCUGUCGCAGCUCCACUAGAAGAAACUGUAUCCACUGAAAAAGCUUCAAGUGCUCCAUCAUCUGAGACUCAAGAGGAAUUUGUGGAUGAUUUUCGAGUUGGAGAGCGUGUUUGGGUGAAUGGAAAUAAGCCUGGGUUUAUCCAGUUUCUUGGAGAAACUCAGUUUGCCCCAGGCCAGUGGGCUGGGAUUGUUUUAGAUCAGCCCAUUGGAAAGAAUGAUGGAUCUGUGGCAGGAGUUCGCUAUUUCCAGUGUGAACCUUUCAAGGGCAUAUUUACCCGCCCUUCAAAGCUAACAAGGAAGGCACAGGCAGAAGAUGAAGCGAAUGUUCCGCAGACGGCUCAUGUGUCCAGAGCUGCUUCUCCUUUGUCCCCCUCUGCAGCCAGCGUGGUGUCCUCCUCCACAGCUGCCCCAUCAAACAUGCCCCACACAUCCUCCCAGCCAGCAGCAAAGGAAACUGCCACCACGUCUCAGAUCAGCAACCUCACAAAAACUGCUAGCGAGUCAAUCUCCAACCUUUCAGAGACUGGCUCACUCAAGAAAGGAGAACGAGAGCUCAAGAUUGGAGACCGAGUAUUGGUUGGUGGCACCAAGGCUGGUGUAGUCCGGUUUCUUGGAGAGACUGACUUUGCCAAGGGGGAAUGGUGUGGUGUGGAGUUAGAUGAGCCUCUCGGGAAAAAUGAUGGUGCUGUUGCUGGAACAAGGUAUUUUCAGUGUCAACCCAAAUAUGGUUUAUUUGCUCCUGUCCACAAAGUGACCAAGAUUGGCUUCCCUUCCACUACACCAGCCAAAGCCAAGGCAGCCGCCGUGAGGCGUGUGAUGGCCACCACGCAUGCCAGCCUGAAACGUAGUCCAUCUGCCUCCUCCCUCAGCUCCAUGAGCUCGGUCGCCUCCUCUGUGAGCAGCAAGCCCAGCAGGACAGGACUGUUGACUGAAACCUCCUCCCGUUACGCCCGCAAGAUCUCGGGCACCACUGCCCUCCAGGAGGCACUGAAGGAGAAGCAGCAGCACAUUGAACAGCUGCUGGCUGAGCGGGACCUGGAGCGGGCCGAGGUGGCCAAGGCCACCAGCCACGUGGGGGAGAUAGAGCAGGAGCUAGCCCUGGCCCGAGAUGGGCAUGACCAGCAUGUCCUGGAACUGGAGGCGAAAAUGGACCAGCUUCGAACAAUGGUGGAAGCUGCUGACAGGGAGAAGGUGGAACUUCUCAACCAACUAGAAGAGGAGAAAAGGAAGGUUGAGGACCUUCAGUUCCGAGUGGAAGAAGAAUCAAUUACCAAAGGUGAUCUUGAGGUGGCUACAGUAUCAGAAAAGUCCCGGAUAAUGGAACUAGAAAAAGAUCUAGCAUUGAGAGUACAGGAAGUAGCUGAACUCCGAAGAAGGCUAGAGUCUAGUAAACCUGCUGGGGAUGUGGAUAUGUCACUUUCCCUUCUGCAAGAAAUAAGUUCUCUGCAAGAAAAGUUAGAAGCCAGCCAUACUGACUACCAGAGAGAAAUAACUUCUCUAAAGGAACAGUUUGGAGCUCGGGAAGAGACAUUUCUUAAGGAGAUCAAGGCCCUGCACACAGCCACUGAGAAGCUUUCCAAAGAGAAUGAGUCCUUGAGAAGCAAGCUUAACCAUGCCAACAAGGAGAAUUCAGAUGUGAUAGUUCUGUGGAAGUCCAAACUGGAGACAGCCAUUGCAUCCCACCAGCAGGCAAUGGAGGAGCUGAAGGUGUCCUUUAGCAAAGGGAUUGGAACAGAUUCAGCAGAAUUUGCUGAGCUAAAGACACAAAUAGAGAAAUUAAGACUAGAUUACCAGCAUGAAAUAGAAAAUUUACAGAAUAAACAGGACUCUGAGCGGUCUGCUCAUGCUAAGGAGAUUGAAGCCUUAAAGGAUAACCUAAUGAAAAUCAUUAAAGAAAAGGAGGACAGCCUGGAGGCCAUCAAAUUGAGACUGGACAAAGCAGAAAAUCAGCAUCUUGUAGAGAUAGAAGACACAUUAAACAAAUUGCAGGAGGCUGAAAUAAAGGUAAAGGAGCUAGAGGUUCUGCAAUCCAAGUGCAGUGAGCAAAAUAAGGUCAUUGGUAAUUUUACAUCACAGCUCAAGGCUGCUGAAGAAAAGCUCUUGGAUCUUGAUGCACUUCGGAAAGCCAAUUCCGAAGGUAAAUCGGAAAUCGAGACACUUAGACAGCAGCUUGAGGCAGCUGAGAAACAGAUAAGAAAUUUAGAGAAUGAAAAGAAUGCUGAAAGCAGCAAGGCUAGUAGCAUUACCCAAGAGCUGCAGGAGAAAGAGCUAAAGCUUACUAACCUUCAGGACAAUUUCAGUGAAGUCAGUCGAGUGAAAGAGACUUUGGAAAAAGAACUCCAGAUUUUGAAAGAAAAGUUUGCUGGUGCUUCAGAGGAGGCAGUCUGUAUUAAAAGAAACAUGCAAGAAACUGUAAGCAAAUUACAUCAAAAGGAAGAAGAGUUGUCUUCUGAAUUGGAGAAGUUGAGAGAAAAAUUAACAGAUAUGGAAACAAAAAUUAGAGAAAAGAAUGAAAAAGAAGAGCAGUUGACAAAGACAAAGGAAAAAUUAGAAAAUGACAUUGCAGAAAUAAUGAAGAUGUCAGGAGAUAAUUCUUCUCAGCUGACAAAAAUGAAUGAUGAAUUACGUCUGAAGGAAAGAUGUGUAGAAGAGUUACAGCUAAAACUUACAAAGGCUAAUGAAAAUACAAGUUUUCUGCAGAAAAGUAUUGGGGAAGUAACUCUUAAAGCUGAACAGACCCAGCGGGAAGCAGCUAAAAAGCAUGAGGAAGAAAAGAAGGAAUUGGAAGGGAAAUUGUUGGACCUGGAAAAGAAGAUGGAAACAAGCCACAAUCAAUGCCAGGACCUGAAAGCUAGGUAUGAAAAAACCAGUUCUGAGGCAAAAACAAAGCACGAGGAGACCUUGCAGAGCCUCCAGAAGAUGCUGUUGGACACAGAGGCGAAGCUGAGGACUGCCCAGGAGGAGAACAGAGGCUUGAUGCAGGAAAUGGAAGAACUGAAAGCACAGGCUGACAAAGCCAAAUCGCUAACUUAUUUGUUAACGUCAGCCAAAAAAGAAAUUGAACUAAUGUCAGAAGAGCUGAGGGGUCUGAAAUCAGAGAAGCAGCUUCUUGCACAGGAGGGGAAUGCUUUAAAGUUAGAGAAAGGUUCGCUUUUAUCAAAGCUUGUAGAAUUGGAGGCCAAAAUUACUUUGCUUCAAAAAGACCAGCAGAAACUAUGGUCAUUAAACAAAACUCUCAAUUUAGAGAAGGAGAAAGUCUUAGAAGAAAAGCAAGAUGCCGAAAAGCUUUAUCAGCAGGAACAUGUCAAUAAAGAAGCUCUGGCUGUUGAGAGAGAGAAACUGCUUACAGAAAUCAAUAUUGCCCAGGAAGAGCUUUUGAAGAGCCAUGUGAAAAACGAAUCCUUGGAAGCCUCCAAGGCGAGCAUGCAGCUGCUUAUUGAGGAGCUCUGCUUCUGCAGAGACACUCUGAUGGCCACGUCUGAGAAGGGUCGGGUAGAAAAAGAGCACCUGGAGGAUCAGAUCAAAAAACUCACUGCUGAAAACCUCGUCUUGGCAAAUGACAAGGAUGAUGUAAUUCAGAAACUUCAAUGUGCUUAUGAGGAGCUAGUCAAAGACCAGAAAGCUCUGGUGCAGGAGAUGGAGGAGCUCACGAGUGAGAAGAAAUCAGCAGCAGAGAAGCAGAUGAACCUCGAUAACAUGUGCCUGACCCUAAAGGCGGAGCGUGAGAGCCUUCUCCAGAGCAACAGAGACCUGCAGUUUGAGAAGGACACACUGCGUCAGAGCCAGGAAAAGCUGAGUGCCAGCCUGGAGGCUACCCUUCAGGUCAAACAGCUUCUCAGCACAGAAGCUGGGACACUGCGCACGCAACUGGACUAUGCCAACAAGGCCCUGAGCAAAGCUGAGCUCGAGAUGCAGCAGCUUCAGGCCACCAAUGCAAGCCUCAUGAAGGUCCUGGAAGAGAUCAAAGCCAGUCGGGCCAUUACAGACUCCGAGUGCAUCCAGCUUCUCCAUGAGAAAGAGACGUUGGCUGAUUCUGAGAGGAGGCUCAUGGCUGAGAAAGAGGAGCUUCUAAAUGAAAACCGAAUCAUCACUGAAAAACUCAGCAAGCACUCAGAAGAGGCCGGCCGUCUUGAAGUGAGCCUCAACAAGAGGAUCACACAGCUGACUUCUGAGAAGGAGACAGCUUGUCAGAAAAUUACCAGGCUUAAAAAGAAACAGGAGAGUCUCUUGAAAGAAAACUCAGCACUGGAAAUGCGAACUGGAGAUUUACUUGCAGAGAGAGAAAAUUCAAGCAAAGCCAUGGGUGAUCUUAAAAGGAAAUGUGACCAAGAGGCUGCAAACAGGAGAAUCAUUGUGCAGGAGAAGAUGCAACUACUUGCUGAUAUUGAUGCUCUGAAGAAAGAGCUUCAAGAGAGGAAAGAGGAAAACCAAGAGCUAGCGAGCAGCAAGUGUGACCUCUCUUUGAUGCUACAAGAGGCUCAGAAUGCCAAAAGGGAUCUUGAGAAGGAACACACCAACAUGAUGCAAGCAAAGGAGAAUUUGAAUGCUGAGCUCAAGACCUGCUGUUGUGAAAAGAACAUUUUGCUGAGGGAUGGCUUGAACCUACAAGAAGAGUGUCAGAAAUUAAAUGAAGAAAUGCAUGAAAUGCAGCAAUCCUUGAUCGUGGAGAAAGAAGCCAGAGCAAAGGAAAAUGAGUCAUCCCUAUAUGAAAACAAGAAACUUCAUGGGAGAGUGGCAGUCUUGGAGCAGGAGGUAGAGGGGCUAAGAGUGUGUAAUGAGCAACUCCAGUCUGAGAAUUUUACAUUAAUCCAAGAGAAGACCAAAUCAGAGCAAAAAAUAGUAGAAAUCAUUAAAGAAAAGGAACUCUUGAGUGUAGAAACGGCUCAACUUGCUGCCAACAUAGAGACUCUCAAAAGUGAUUUUGCUACUCUUUCCAAGUCCAAGUUGGAAUUGCAGGAACUUCACAGCUGUCUUACCAAGAUUCUGGAAGACCUCCAGCUCAACCAUGAAGUGGCUGUGGCUGAGAGGACCCAGUUGCUUCAGGACAACAAGGACCUCCUGGCCAAGAAACGAGAAAUAAUUCUGAGAAAGGAUGAGCUCCUGGAGGAGAAGGAGAAGCUUGAAGAAAGCUACUUCAUCCUCCAGAAAGAGAUUAGCCAGCUGGCCAAAACCAACAGCCACAUUUCAGCCAACCUCCUAGAAUCCCAAAAUGAAAACCGUACUUUGAGGAAAGACAAGAGCAAGCUUACCCUUAAGAUUAGAGAGCUUGAGACUCUUCAUUCAUUUACGGCUGCUCAGACUGCGGAAGAUGCCAUGCAGAUUAUGGAACAGAUGACCAAAGAGAAGACUGAAACAUUGGUCUCCUUGGAGGACACCAAGCAAACAAAUGCAAAACUACAGAAUGAAUUGGACACACUGAAGGAAAACAACUUGAAAAAUCUGGAGGAGUUGAACAAAUCAAAAGAACUUCUGACUGUAGAAAAUCAAAAGAUGGAAGAAUUCAAGAAAGAAAUAGAAACCCUAAAGCAAGCAGCAGCUCAGAAGUCCCAACAGCUUUCAGCAUUGCAAGAAGAAAACAUCAAACUUGCGGAGGAGCUUGGGAGGAGCAGGGACCAAGUCACAAGUCAUCAAAAGCUGGAAGAAGAAAGAUCUGUACUCAAUAAUCAGUUGUUAGAAAUGAAAAAGAGAGAAUCCAAGUAUAUAAAGGACGCAGAUGAGGAAAAAGCUUCCUUGCAGAAAUCCAUCAGUAUCACUAGUGCCUUACUCACAGAGAAGGAUGCAGAGCUGGAAAAGCUGAGGAAUGAGGUUACAGUACUGAGGGGAGAGAACGCCUCUGCCAAGUCCUUGCAUUCAGUCGUUGAGACGCUGGAGUCUGACAAGGUGAAGCUUGAACUCAAAGUCAAGAACUUAGAGCUUCAACUUAAAGAAAACAAGAGACAGCUCAGCAGCUCCUCAGGCAAUACUGAUACUCAGGCAGAAGAGGAUGAAAGAGCCCAGGAGAGUCAGAUUGACUUCCUCAAUUCAGUCAUAGUGGACCUUCAGAGAAAGAAUCAAGACCUCAAGAUGAAGGUGGAGAUGAUGUCUGAAGCUGCACUUAAUGGCAACGGAGAUGACCUGCACAGUUACGACAGUGAUGACCAGGAGAAGCAGUCCAAAAAGAAGCCCCGCCUGUUCUGUGACAUUUGUGACUGCUUCGAUCUUCAUGACACAGAGGACUGUCCCACCCAGGCACAGAUGUCUGAAGAACCUCCACAUUCUACCCAUCAUGGCAGUCGGAGUGAGGAGCGGCCGUACUGUGAAAUCUGUGAGAUGUUCGGUCACUGGGCAACCAACUGCAAUGAUGACGAGACUUUCUGAUAAAGCGUCAAGGCAGAGCUGGGCUUUCUCAGAGGAACUGGCAUUUCAGCAGCUUACCACCAGCAUUAUGUGUGCGCCUUCAGGAGGACUCAUGUUUAUUUUUGACUCCUGUCAACAAAUCUAAGAAAAUAUUUUGGCCUUUAGUGAAUCUCCCUUAUGUUUUCCCUUAUAAGUUAGAACAAUAAAAAUAUUUAGUGAGUGAGCUUUCACUGCUAAUUUUGUUUCCUGGGAUUUUAAGUUUUAAGAUAUUGUACCAGAUGCUGUUACAUUUAUUUGCCCUGGAGGAACCUCAUGGAACAAGCCCAGUCCAUAUCAUACCUUAUUUAAGAAACUUUAAGUUAUGCCAUUCUUUUUCAUAUUUGCACUAAAAUAUUUGGGGGCUGCAUUUGUAUAUUUAGGGGUUUUUUUGGUUAAGCUUUGACACUGGAAUGAGUUUCAAAAAUAUACAAUUGUGCAUUUUCAUUUACUCAUUGGAAGUAUUUAAUUCUUGACUAUCUGAGCUUUUUGCACUACCUGUUCUCUGUAGUGCCUUUUUUUCAGUCUUCACAAUACUUAUGUGUGAUUAUAAAUCAUGAAACAGGUAAAGGAGGGGAGAGCCCCAAACUGCUGUGGGGAAAUUUUAUAAUCUGUAUGCUGCACCCACUUACUCGACUGUGGUGUUUUCUCUAUUGGUUUUACAUAAUUCCAGCCUCUAUAUAUGAUAUGUAUAUAUUUUUUAAAAAAUCUAUAUUUUGGAAAAAAUAUAUAUAAUGUGUCUUCCUUUUCAGAUUUUUACCUUUAUGAAAAAGAAAACACCCAAAAAGGAUCAUCAGGACAUACCUAGACCAGAAAUAGCUUUGUGUGGCUUCAUACCUAAUUUUGCUUUCUUUCUACUUUGUUUCUUUACCAAAUCUAAGUCACUGAAAGUUUUCUCCAGCUAUUGUUUUUCCUUCUCUGGCAGAUACCCAGCAGUGAGUUAAGCCAUUGUAUAACACCUAAAUUAACCAAUCUACAAUCCUCCUUUAUAAAUUUGUUUUCUUACUGUAUUUUUAAUGAAUGUAUGAUGAGAAAUUCAACAUUAAUAAUUUUGAAUUUUCUUAUCACAAAAAGAUAAAACAAAGGACCUCAACCACCAGAACAGUCUAUCAAACAGUCUGAUUCUAUUUAUAUUCAUUUGAAUGUCUUCUUGAAUAUGUAAAAAGUAAUCAAGUGUAUCUUCCAUGCUACGUGUAUAAUAAGAACUUCUAUAACUGUAUAUAUGCCUUUGGUGUAUUUUCCCUUCAAGACUAUCAGCUGUGCUUGACAAGUGAAUAUUAAACAAGUCUGUUGCCAGUUGACAUUUUUGUUUAAUAAAACAAUAGGAAUUGUUUCACAAAAAUACAUGUAAAGCAGUAUUAAUCUGAGUAAAUGGGUGUUCUGUAUGUACAUUAAUAAAACGUUAUUUUUUUGCCAGUGUUA